AUAAAUGAGCCCCUCUUCCAAGCCUCAAUUCCCUUUUCUCCUCCUCCCCUCCUUCAUCACUAAGGUUUCUCUCCUGCAGCCCUGUUGCAUGCCAUCUUCCUUGCUAGCAAGAAUCUCUUGCCCUUGAUCCCUGACCCUGAGCACUUCAAUCACCUUCCUUGUGUUCUUGAUUAUAAUUCCUAGCCUUGUUCUCGUGACCAGACCAUCAAUCCUUAGGCUUGAAAGAUCAUAUUUCCAUUGAAAGAAAUUAAAGCUUCUUGGGGAGACUCUGCCAAAAUUUUUACCUGCAGCUAAGCUCAUACAGGAGACAUUUGUUCCGGUGCAUCUGCAUCGUCAACUUGUUUGUUUCUGUAAAAAGCUUAUUAUUGUAACGUUUUGGCGAAUUGAUCGAUGAUAGACUAAAGAGAGGAAGGUCGUGUGGCUUGUUAGAUGUCACAAAUCCUCUCUGAGGUCAGCCACUCCAGAUUUAUGAUCAACUCGACGCUCCGGCGAGGCACCCAUCUUGUUCUCUCUUUCUCCGUUGUGUUCCUCUACUGGUUCUAUGUGUUCUCAGUAAGAUCCUAACCACUACCACAAAAUCUCUUCUAUUGAUAGACCAUUCAAAUAGAAACAUACUAGUAUCAUAUCCUUGUACUGUCUACCUACUACACUGCUCCUUGGAAAUUAUAGCCUCUACAUACAACUUAACUAGAGGAAGCUUCUAGUCUAGAUAUAACUUUGGGUACAGUGAGCAUAGUGUCAAGGUCGUUUUCGGGGUCAGGUAUUUAGGGUUACUCAACUCAAAGUAUCUGUUGAGGAUGACCCUGUCUGGUGGGACCAUUUCAAGUGGGACCUAUUCUGGGUCGAGUCAUGGGACCCCCAGCUUUGGGUCAGAGGGUGGCAUGGUGGACCUCCAGGCCCGGAUGGAGCUCAAGCGGAAGAGAAGGAUGGAAUCAAACCGGGAGUCUGCAAAGCGGUCAAGGCAGCGGAAGCAACAACACCUCGACGACCUCAACUUACAGGUCGACAAGCUGAGGACAACGAAACAGCAACUCAUGACAGCACUGAACAUCACCACCCAGAACUACACGGCAGCAGAAGCUCAAAACUCGGUGCUGCGCACACAGAUGAUGGAGCUGGAGAGCAGACUCUGCGCGCUGCGCGAGAUCAUAUGCUACAUGAAUGCAAACCAUGUUGCUAAUGCUGCAACAACAAUGAAUGCCCAUCCAGCAACUAUCAUGAGCGGAGCUGCUAACUACAAUACUUUUGGCACAAGCGCAACUGCAUGGAACUCUGCCAUGCAAAUGGUCCAGCAGCCCAUAGAUCACUUGCUGUACCAGUGCUUCUAGGAUCUAGCUAGAAGGAGGUCGAGGGCCAAGACCAACAAGGCAUGCCUACGAUAUAUUAUAUAUUUCUCUGUCACAAGUCACAAGUAGUGUAUGUCUUUUGAUUUAAUUUAUAAAAGUUUGUGGACUUGCGGGCGAAAGCCAAUAGUGUUUUUGCCUUUAA